ACGUUUUUAAUCAAUUUUUGUCAAUGAGGGAAAUAUUUAAUAAUUCUUAAUAAAUUUUAAAUCAAAUAAAAUAUGAUACCAGCUAAAAGAUGUAUUUCCGAAGUACUAAGAAGAAGAAGUUCUUUUUUCAACAGAACAUUAAUAAAACGAUCUGCCAGAUUAAAUUUAUCCAGAAUAGAACAUUGUCGAGGAAAAGCAGACAAUUGUAAUGAGAAUUUCAAUUCACUUUUUAAACCUAUCCCAGUAAAAACAAAUGAAAAUAAAAUAAACGUUGGUGCAGAACUCACUGGUACUUUGUCUAGAAAAGAUAUUUUAAAUAUUUUAGAAAAAUUCCGUGAACAGAAAGAAAUUGCAUCACUUUCUUUAGAAUAUGGAUUGGAUGAAUAUCUUCAAAAUCAAGUUCAUGAUCAUUUUAAAAAAUAUUGCUUACAAACAAACACAUUGCCUGUGGAUCUUCAUGUAAUUUUAAGUGAUAUCCUUCAAGAAGCUAGACAUAUAACAGACAUAUUUCCAUAUUACAUUCGUCAUGCCAAGGAAAUAUUUCCCCAUAUCGAUUGUAUUGAUGAUUUAAAAAAAAUUGGCGAUCUUCGAACACCAGUUAAUUGGUAUCCUUUGGCUAGGGAAAAAAAGAGAAAAGUUAUUUUUCAUGCUGGCCCAACGAAUAGUGGCAAAACUUAUCAUGCUCUUGAAAAAUUCAAAAAUUCAUCAUCUGGUCUUUAUUGUGGUCCAUUGAAAUUAUUAGCUGUCGAAGUUUUCAAUAAAUGUAAUGAUAGUGGAACUCCAUGUGAUUUAAUAACCGGAGAAGAUAAAAGAUUUGCACGUGGUCCUAAUUUUCCUGCAAAUCAUGCUGCAUGUACAGUUGAAAUGGCAAAUGUUAAUACACCUUAUGAAAUAGCUAUAAUAGAUGAAAUUCAAUUGUUAAAAGAUUAUGGAAGAGGUUGGGCUUGGACAAGAGCUUUCCUUGGACUUUGUGCGGAUGAAGUUCACGUAUGUGGUGAACCUGGUGCAAUUAAUCUUGUGCAGUCACUAUGUGAAGCAACGCAAGAUACAUUGGAAAUUCGAAAUUAUCAACGUUUAACAAAUUUAAUAGUUGAGAAUUCAGCAUUAACUGAUUUAAAAAAUACUCGUCCUGGCGAUUGUAUAGUGUGUUUUAAUAAAAACGAUAUUUACAGUGUUUCACGUAGUCUUGAAAAAAUUGGCAAAGAAGUCGCUGUUAUUUAUGGUAGUUUACCGCCUGGUACAAAAUUCUUACAGGCAGCAAAAUUUAAUGAUCCGGAAAAUCCUUGUAAAAUAUUAAUUGCAACCGACGCUAUUGGAAUGGGUUUAAAUUUACAUAUACGAAGGGUCAUAUUUUAUUCAUUGGUAAAACCGUCUGUUAAUGACAAAGGAGAAAAAGAAAUGGACAUUAUCAAUGUUUCGUCUGCUCUCCAAAUUGGUGGACGUGCAGGUCGUUUUGGUACACAAUGGAAUACGGGUUACGUAACAACUUAUAGACCACAGGAUUUGAAAAUGUUAAAAAAACUUAUGAGUUCAGUACCUGAACCUAUAGUUAAAGCUGGUUUGCAUCCAACUGCAGAACAAAUUGAAAUGUAUGCCUAUCAUUUACCUGAUGCUCCACUUUCGAAUUUAGUGGAUAUUUUUGUCUCAUUGUGCACUGUAGAUGACUCAUUAUAUUUUAUGUGUGACAUGAAUGAUUUUAAAUAUUUAGCUGACAUGAGUCAACAUGUAAAUCUUCCUCUGCGUGCUCGUUAUGUUUUUUGUUGUGCGCCUAUCAAUAAAAAAUUACCAUUCCUUUGUACCAUGUUUUUAAAGUACGCUCGUCAAUACAGCAAAAAUGAUAUUAUUUCUGCAAAAUGGGUUCAACAAAAUAUUGGUUGGCCCCUUCCGAAUCCUAUGAAUAUUCAAGAAUUAACAAAUUUAGAGGCUAUUUUCGAUGUGUUAGAUCUUUACUUAUGGUUAAGCUAUCGAUUCCCAGAUUUAUUUUGUGAUGCAGAUGAAAUAAGACAAAUGCAAGAAAAUUUAGAUUCUCUAAUUCAAAAGAGUAUAAUUCUUUUUACACAAUUACUUAAAAAUUCGGAGAAAGGUAUCGUAAGCAAUGAAUCAACAGUACCUUUAUUACCAGUUCAAGGUAAAGUUACGGAAUCAUUGAUAGCUCAAGGUCAAUUAACUGUUGACAUGCUCGAAAAACUUCACUUAGAAUGGGAACAGGCGUCAAAAAAGAAAAAAAAGGAUUCACGAAAAAUAAUAAAAGAAUCAUUACCAGAUACAACAACAAAAGUAGAAACAAUACGAACAGGAGAAACAAAAAGAGGAAGACCAAAAAAGCAAUGAGCAAAUAUUGUUUUAAUAAUAAUAUUAAUGAUCGAUAUUACAAAUCAAUUUUUUCAAUAAAAAUUAUAUAUAAAAUAAAAAAAAAAAUUUAUUAUAGAAAAUUAAAGAAAUUCUUAGUAUAGAAAA